AUGUCCCUGCUCUUCCCUUGCUCCAAGUCCAUUGUCUCCGGCAAGAAGGACAAGAGACACAUGGCGGAAGUCAACGCCUCCCCGCUCAAGCACUUCGUCACUGCCAAGAAGAAGAUCAAUGGCAUCUUUGAACAGCUGGCUGCCUACAUCCAGGAGAGCUCAGCAUUCCUGGAGGGUAAGGCGGCCUCUUCUGCGUGCCGUGUUUUCAAAACAACUUGCCUGCUCGCCACGGGCAACGAGGAAUUUGUGUAGGCGAGCGAGCGGAGAAUAAAUGGGGGCGGCCGGUUUAAAUUGGAAACGUAAGCUGGGGUGUACGGAGUCGGUGCUAAAGAUGAAACAAGGGUCUAGUCCUCAUGGUUCUGAAUUUAAACAGAAACCGAGGAAGCUGCCUUAUACGGUGUCUACCUUACCUAGGAAGCCUGCCCAGUCUGCGGUUCUCCAAAGUCUUCCUUCAGUUGCUGCUCUCCAUUUAACUGGAUAAUGACCUUGUAAGAUUCCCCUGGCCUGAAACUUUGGAGAGCUGCUGCCUGUCCGUGUAGACAUUACUGAGCUAGAUUGACCCAAGGGCAACUGGUAUUCAGAAGUGUUGCUGCUUCAAAGCAUUGUGGCUGGUAGCCAUUGAUAAGCCCAGGGAUUUGCCAGACUCGGAACAAAGUGCCUAAUACUAAUAAUAAUUUAUUAUUUAUAUCCUGCCCAUCUGGCUGGGUUUCCCCAGCCACUCUGGGCGGCUUCCAACAAAACACUAAAAUACAAUAACCUAUUAAACAUUAAAAGCUUCCCUAAACAGGGCCACCUUCAGAUGUCUUCUAAAAGUCUGGUAGUUGUUCUUCUCUUUGACAUCUGGUGGGAGGGUGUUCCACAGGGCGGGUGCCACUACUGAGAAGGCCCUCUGCCUGGUUCCCUGUAACUUGGCUUCUCGUAGCGAGGGAACCGCCAGAAGGCCCUCGGCGCUGGACCUCGGUGUCCAGGCAGAACAAUGGGGGUGGAGAUGCUCCUUCAGGUAUACUGGACCGAGGUUGUUUAGGGCUUUAAAGCUCAGCACCAACACUUUGAAUUGUGCUCGGAAAUGUACUGGGAGCCAGUGUAGGUCUUUCAAGACCAGUGUUAUAUGGUCUCGGCGGCCGCUCCCUAUCACCAGUCUAGCUGCCGCAUUCUGGAUUAGUUGUAGUUCCCGGGUCACCUUCAAAGGUAGCCCCACGUAGAGCGCGUUGCAGUAGUCCCAGCGGGAGAUAACCAGAGCAUGCAGCACUCUGGCUAGACAGUCUGCGGGCAGGUAGGAUCUCAGCCCUGGUAAACAGCUGCCCUGGACACAGAAUUGACCUGCGCCUCCAUGGACAGCUGUGAGUCCAGAAUGACUCCCAGGCUGCGGACCUGGUCCUUCAGGGGCACAGUCAUCCCAUUCAGGACCAGGGAGUCCCCCACACCCGCCCGCCCCCUGUCCCCACAAAACAGUACUUCUGUCUUGUCAGGAGUGAACCUGAAUCUGUUAGCCGCCAUCCAUCCUCCAACUGCCUCCAGACACUCACACAGGACCUUCACUGGUUCCAAUUUAAAAGAGAGGUAGAGCUGGGUGUCAUCAUUCCUACGUUUCUCUUGAAACUAGAACUUGGUUAAGAACCAAUGAGGACUAGAACCUUACUUUAGGGAAAGCGUGGCAGCCCUUGUAGAUUUGGCUCCCUUUUGGUUUCAGAAACGCACAGGAAUGUGGAGCUGGACCCCAUCACCACAGAGGAGCAGGUGCUGGAGGUCAAAGGCUACCUGUCGAAGGUGGGAGGCAUCAGCCAGGUGUUGGCCCGGCGUCACAUGAAGGUGGCCUUUUUCGGACGGUGAGUGGGGCACCAGGCAAGCGAUCUUGUGCUCGGUGAGGAAUUUGGCUGUGGGUGGAGGGAAGCCUGCGGCAGUGGCAGAAGCUCUCCAGUGUGCCCUUGUCUGCCAGCAAAUGCCAGCUUGAUUGAGUCACCUCCUCGUUUUGCUCUCGGAUGGAAAAAGUUAACAAUUCUGAAGCUCAGAUCCCCUGCUCAGCCAUAAAAAGGUGGUAGGGAAGCCUUUUCCCCCACCCCAAGGGCCAAAUUCCCUUCUGGACAGCUUCCUGAGGGCCACAUGCCAGUGUUUUGCAGGGCCAGAGGAAAAAGUGGAUAGAGCAAUAAUUGGAUUUUCGAUCUUGUUUUUAUUUGUGUGUGUAUAAUGUGUAUAUAUAUAGAGAGGUGUGUGUGUGUGUGUGUGUGUGUUUAUGUACAUAUAUAUGUAUAUAUGUAUAUAUAUGGGACAUGGGUGGCGCUGUGGGUUAAACCACAGAGCCUAGGACUUGCUGAUCAUGAAGGUCGGCGGUUCGAAUCCCCGUGACAGGAUGAGCUCCUGUUGCUCGGUCCCUGCUCCUGCCCACCUAGCAGUUUGAAAGCACGUCAUAGUGCAAGUAGAUAAAUAGGUACCGCUCUGGCGGGAAGGUAAACAGCGUUUCUGUGCGCUGCUCUGGUUCGCCAGAAGCGCCUUAGUCAUGCUGGCCACAUGACCCAGAAGCUGUACGCCGGCUCCCUCGGCCAGUAAAGCGAGAUGAGCGCUGCAACCCCAGAGUCGGUCACGACUGGACCUAAUGGUCAGGAGUCCCUUUACCUUUACUCUAUAUAUAUAUAUAUAUAUAUAUAUAUAUAUAUAUGUGUGUGUGUGUGUGUGUGUGUGUGUGUGUGUAAAUGUGUGUACACACACACACACACUUACUUUUAUUGAUUUUUGCAUAUAUUUUCCAAACAAAUCAUGUCAUGUCAUCUCAUCUCAUCUUAUACAUCAUUUUGGCUAUUUUAGCCUGAAACUUCCAGCAACCACGUCUAAUGAUUUUCAAACCUCCUCUUUUAAUCUCACAUUUAUUAUCCUAACUACUACUUUUAAUAGUAACUUAAAAUCCAUUCUCAUAAAUCUUUUCUGUAAUAUUUCAUAUAGUUCUCCUUACGAAACUACUUGUAGUCCUACCAGCGUAGUCACAGUUGAUUACAAUUGUCUUUCAAAUAACUCGCAUAUUUACACCAAUCUUUCAAGAAUUUCUUGUCCUGCUGGUUUCGAAUUCUCCCUGUCAUCUUAUCCAAUUCUGCGUAGUCCAUUAAUUUCAUCUGCCAUUCCUCUUUUGUCGAUAAUUCUUCAUGCUUCCAUUUCUGUGCCAAUAAUACUCUUGCUACAGGAUUUCCGACUUUUGUUAAGCACCAGCAAUAGCUGCAUUUUUUUCCAGGGAACGUGAACAAAAUGACCCACAUUCAAUGCUUUGUGUGUGUUUAAUUUUCAUAGAAUUGUAGAGCCCAACCCCUCUGCAAUGCGGGCAUCUCAACAUGUGGUCUCCCAUCCAAUUUGAAACCACCCCGGACCCUGCUUAGCUUUGCAAAUAUGCCAGCCUUUUUAUUUCCUUAGCCACUCUGUGUGGCUUCCAGCACAUAACAAAACGUCCAACAAUAUAAACUUCCUGAUACAGGGCUGCCUUCAGAUGUCUUCUAAGAGUUGUGUAGUUCUUUUAUCUCCCUUAUCUCACUCAGUUGUGUUGUUUUUCUUUGUUUUUCUUGUGUGUCGCUGGAGCAGAUUUUCCUGCUUAAAUAAAUAAAAUGAUUUUAAAAACAAAACAAAAUCCCCUUCACAGCUGAGGAGUUGCGGGCAGAACUAUGUGUGUGUUGUUUGUGGCUGUGCUCGCUUAUGGCAUGCAGCCCCCAGAGGAUUGAUCAAUGCCCGGUCAGCUGCCCCCCCUGAUUUUACAUCUCUUAUCUCUGGUCGGGGACAGAGGGUGGCGCUAGGGAGGGAGAUGUCGUCGCGCCACUCCUUGGUGUGGACCAGUCUGGACAGUUAGCCUUGGUGAAGACUUGACGUUUUCAUCCCCAAAAAAGUUUUUGAUUUGAGUUUCCAUUGAAAUGAGGCUGUGUUUUAAUGUUGUACAGUGGUGCCUCGCAAGACGAAAUGAAUCCGUUCCGCGAGUCUCUUCGUCUUGCAGUUUCUUCGUCUUGCGAAGCACGGCUAUUAGCGGCUUAGUGGCUUUAAGAAAAAGGAAACAAACUCGCAAGAACUCGCAAGAUGUUUCGUCUUGCAAAGCAAGCCCAUAGGGAAAUUCGUCUUGCGGAACGACUCAAAAAACGCAAAACCCUUUCGUCUAGCGAGUUUUUCGUCUUGCGGGGCACCACUGUAUUUUAAUCUUGUUUUUAAGUUGUACAGUGGUACCUCAGGUUAAGUACGCUUCAGGUUACAUACGCUUCAGGUUACAUACUCCGCUAACCCAGAAAUAGUACCUUGAGUUAAGAACUUUGCUUCAGGAUGAGAACAGAAAUCGUGCUCCGGUGGCGCAGUGGCAGCAGGAGGUUAAGAACAGUUUCAGGUUAAGAACGGACCUCCGGAACGAAUUAAGUUCUUAACCCGAGGUACCACUGUAUUUCAAUCAAUUUGUUUUUAUAACGGGUGUUAGCCACCCUGAGCUCGGUCUAGGCUGGGGAGGGCAGGGUAUAAAUAAAUUUAUUAUUAUUAUUAUUAUUAUUAUUAUUAUUACAUAGCCCUUUUGUCCAGGCAGGGCAGGUCCCCGCCCCAAGGACCUUACAGAUGCGUUUGUGUUCUCAGGACGAGCAAUGGGAAGAGCACAGUGAUCAAUGCCAUGCUGUGGGACAAAGUCCUUCCCUCAGGCAUCGGACACACCACAAACUGCUUCUUGCGCGUGGAGGGGACAGAGGGCCAGGAUGCCUUUCUGCUCACUGAGGGGUCUGAGGAGAAGAAAAGCGUCAAGGUGAGCACAUCUCCAGUCAGCGGAGGGAGACAGUUUUUGGAAGGGAGGGCGAGGAGCUCUUUCCAUAUGUUUUCAGUCUACUAUUGUUUUAACUCCAUGAAACUUUUACAUUAUUAUUGCUGGUUUUUCCUACUGGUGAUUUAAUAGCUUUUAUCUUUUUCUUUUGAAAAGUGCUUCGAGGAGUUUUUUUCCUACAGUCAGGAACUGUGUAAAUUUUAUGAAAUAAAUAGUUUCUAGACCACUUAAUAGGGACGCGGGUGGCGCUGUGGUGUAAACCACUGAGCCUAGGGCUUGCCGAUUGGAAGGUCACGGUUCGAAUCUGCAUGACGGGGUGAGCUCCCGUUGCUCGGUCCCUGCUCCUGCCAACCUAGCAGUUCGAAAGCACCUCAAAGUGCAAGUAGAUAAAUAGGUACCAGUCCGGCGGGAAGGUAAAUGGCGUUUCCGUGCACUGCUCUGGUUCGCCAGAAGCGGCUUAGUCAUGCUGGCCACAUGACCCGGAACCUGUACGCCGGCUCCCUUGGCCUAUAGACCGAGAUGAGUGCCGCAACCCCAGAGUAGUCCACGACUGGACCUAACCGUCAGGAGUACCUUUACCUUAACUUUAUACCACUUAAUGGUAGAGCAGGCUUCUAAGCCUCCCCAAACCACUUCCCACUCAAACCCAUAAUUUUCUCUGAUCCUUUUACACGGUUUCGUAUGUCCGUGGUAUUUUAUGCAUUGUGACUUGCCUUUGUUUUUAUUGAUUAUCGUUUAGUAAUUCUCUAUUGUGACUGAUAAGUGUAAGCCGUUUAGUUAAUAUUUGCUGAUAUUUAAUUUUCCUGUUUACCACUAGAUUCUAAUGGAUCGUUGAAUAUUGCUUUGUUUGAUAUAAGUUAUUUGUUUUUAAGUUAUUGUGACUUUUUUUGUACUGGAUCAGAUCGUUAUUAUUAAUGUUUGACAUUUCAUUAUUUUUUUUUAUACGGGUUGGAAGAUGCCCCAGGAGGCUGGGCAACCCAGCCAGAUGGGCAGGGUAGAAAGAAAGAAAGAAAGAAAGAAAGAAAGAAAGAAAAUAAAUACUAUUAUUAUUAUUUCUCUCUUUCUAUCUGCCGACCCUCUACGUCCAGACGGUCAACCAACUGGCUCACGCACUCCAUCAAGACGAACUCCUGACUGCCGGAGGAAUGGUCAGCGUAAUGUGGCCAAACUCCAAGUGUCCCCUUCUCAAAGAUGACCUCGUUUUGAUGGACAGGUGAGAGAUCUCCCUUUCCCCCAUGCCCCUGGGACACAAUCCUCAAACCAGUUGGCUUCUAAGUUGCUGUACGCAUGUAGAAGCACGGAAAACGACGGAGGUGUUUUCCCAGAAACUCCUCCUGUGCCGCUGGCCUUGUUCCAGCUUCCUGGCUUAGCAGGCAUUUAAUUUGUAAACUGAUGCUAUAUUCUCCCGCUGAGCUAAUUGCAGCGAGCUUAGCCUUUCUCCGUAGGCGAUUUGAGAUAAUGGCUUUAAUUCCUUCCCUGCUUCUAAAAUCUGCCCCUCUCUUUCUAAAAACAGUUUGCGCCAUUUUAAAAACCACCUCUCUCCCAGUCCUGAAAACUGGCUGUUAGUUGUUAGCCACUGGUUUCUCAAAAGCAUCCGUUUGGCUAAGAUGAGAGAGCAGGAUGCUAUUCUCGGUAUCUGGUGCUCACAGGUAGACUCUGACUGGCCAUAGAGGCUCGAUUGAACUGUAUGCAUAUUAAGAGGCAGGGUAAGGUUCUGUCUGUUGCAGGAAUUAUUUCUGUCCCCACAGAAGCUUUCACAAGAAACAGGAAGCAGGACUGGUUCGGCGUUUAGCUCUUCCAUGUUUUUCCUUCUUAUUGUUUGCGUGUGCCACCUGUGCUCGGAGAUCUGUAUUGGUGUCUGAUUUGCUACCAGGCUGAGUUCAAGUUUUUACUAAUAGCAUAUAAAACUCUUAACAGUUUGGGUCAGGUCUCCUGGCAAUAUUGCCUUACCCCCAAAUCGGCCAGCUUGACCUCUCUGAUCCGCAGAACUGCCACUGCUGCAGGUGCCAAAUUAUACUCCUUACGCAUCUGUAAGAGGUAAAUCUUCUAGUGUGGUGGAACCUGCACUUUGGAACUCCCUGCCACUUGACGCCAGGCAGGCGUCCUCACUGUACUCUUUUUGGCGCCUGCUAAAAUCAUUUGUAGGCCAACACGUGUGUAGAAUGCUAACAUGUGUUUUGAUCUGGUUUUUAGCCCAUGGUUGAUUUUCUGAAGGUCUGAUUGUCGCUGCUUUUUACAGAUGUGUGUAUAUAUAUUUGUAUACCACUUUGUUUUUUUUUAAAGAUAUUUAUUGAGAUCUUCAAAAUGUUACAAAAAAUAAAAAAAAAUAAAAUAGAAGCAGAAGAGAGUACAAAGAAUAAAAAUAUAAGAAAAAAAUUCCAAAUGAGAAAAAAUAACAGAAAAAAAAGAAAAAAAGAAGAAUGCAAAAAUCACAAAACUUUAAAAGCAUUUAAAAAGAAAUUCAUUAUUUUCAAAUCCUUAACUGUCAUUACCUUCUUUCUUAGACCUCCUCCUCCUCCCUUUCUUUGUAUCCUAGUUAUUAAUUAUCCCAGCAAAUCCUUGACCUUAUCUUUCUAUAAUAAAAUAAACCUAAAAACAUAAAACUUAAAUCUUAAAUCUUAUCCUUACCAACUUCUCAUAAUCAUAAUAUUCUUUCAUAAUUCUUUAAACAUCUUUGCUAAAGCCAAGUAAUUUCAUUCCAACAUUUUUCUAUCAUUCAUCAAUUUUAUAAAACAGUUCUAAUAGUAAAAAAAAGAGGUAUAAACAGAUCCAAUCUUCAUCCAGCGUCCCUUCCUCCUGGUUCCGGGUUUUGUCAGUCCUUAUUCCCUAUAUUUGUAUACCACUUUGAAGGAGGGUAUUUUUUUUGCAAUCAAGUGGUUUAUAAAUAUUAGGAAAUAAAUAGCUUUGAAUCAAAGCCCUGCUUUCUCCAUAUUUCAGGGUGGGCUGUUGCGUUGACAGCUGUCAAUAACACUUUCUUCUGCAUCUGGCAUUCCUCCCCCCACCCCUUGCCUGUCCUAUUAGCCCCGGAAUCGACGUAACCACUGAAUUGGACAGCUGGAUUGACAAGUUCUGCUUGGACGCUGACGUCUUUGUCUUGGUGGCAAACUCUGAGUCGACCCUGAUGCAGACGGUAACCCUCAUCCUUCGGUUAAUUUACCUUCUCUUUGCUUUCGGAGGAGACUUUGCCACGCCUCUCAAUAUCUGUUGGCUGGGAAUCAUCGCAAGCAGGGAGAGUCACCAUUGCGUUUGGGUGUUGCUUGCGAGUUUCUUUAAAAAAUAAUAAUAUUAAAGACUUUUCAUAAUACAGAACAAACUAGUCUAAACAAACACAUUUAGUUCCAUUUCUUAUUGUAUCCCACUUCCCGUUGUAUUAUCCCGUUUUGAUUUCUCGUUACACAUCUGCCCAGUAACGCAUCCCUCUUGUUUUUUAUGAUAGUAUAGUGGUACCUCAGGUUAAGUACAGUACAGUGGUACCUCGGGUUAAGUACUUAAUUUGUUCCGGAGGUCCGUUCUUAACCUGAAACUGUUCUUAACCUGAAGACCACUUUAGCUAAUGGGGCCUCCUGCUGCUGCCGCGCUGCCAGAGCACGAUUUCUGUUCUCAUCCUAAAGCAAAGUUCUUAACCCGAGGUAAUAUUUCUGGGUUAGCGGAGUCUGUAACCUGAAGCGUAUUUAACCUGAAGCGUAUGUAACUUGAGGUACCACUGUAUCCUGAUCUCUUGAUCUAGGCCAGAGCUUUCCAAACUUUCCAUGUUGGCGACACACUUUUCAGAUGUGCAUUGUUUCACAACACAGUAAUUCAGUUUUACUAGCAAACUGGAAGUUAAACUAACCCCAUUCCAGCCCCGGGAGGAGCAUUUGUGCAACACACCUACACACUGCAGCCGACACACAUUUUGGAAAAUUCUGCUCUCAGCCCUUUCGUUUUUCCAGUCUUUUUCCAGAGGCAAUACCAUAGCUUUAAGAGCAAUGUUCUUUGAGUCCACUCCAGAUUUUUAAACAGAGUCCUUUCUUUCUGCUUAAGCUAAAGAAAGUCCAGCGCCAAAAUCCCAAACCCUUUCCCCCCCUCUUCUGGCCCCAUAUCCAAAUGUAAUCACCAUUUGUAAUCUUAUCUUCUCCUUCUCCAAAUCCUUGUAUGGAGAUUAAGCCUGGAUUUUGUAUCAGUGCAUUGCCCAGGACUGGUAUGAGGGCCAGACCGUGACAGCGGCUUCACUGGGCAGUAUUAUCGCAGCUGAAGCCGUCGCAGCAGCUCCUGGAGUGACCAAACUGCUUUGCAUGCACCCAAGUCUGUGGGUUCUGCUGCAUGUUGGUUGCCAAACUGUGUGUGUGUGUGUGUGUGUGUGUGUGUGUGUGUACAGUGGAACCUUGGUUCCCAAACGGCCUAGUUGCCAAACAAAUCGACUCCCAAACACUGCAAACCCGGAAGUAAGUGUUCUGGUCUGCGAACGUUUUUCAGAAGCUGAACAUUCAACGGUUUCAGGAGUCGAACAGACUCCCGGAACAGAUUACCGUAUUUUUCGCUCUAUAAGACGCACUUUUUCCCUUCUAAAAAAUAAGGGGAAUGUGUGUUCGUCUUACAGAGCGAAUGCAGGCUGCGCGGCAAUCCCAGAAGCCAGAACAGCGAGAGGGAUCGCUACACAGCGUUCCCGCUUGCUGUUCUAGCUUCUGGCUAAGCCCCUCUGUCCCUUCCCCCAAGAGCCGCGCUCCCUUUAAAGAGCCGCACGGAGGGGGCUUUUCCUUGGGGAAAAGCCUGCAAGCGCCGCACACACGCUCCACGGGGCUCGUGAAAGGGAGCGCUGAGCAGAGCCUGGGAUGCGUACAGGCUCUGCGCUGCGCUCCCUUUAAAGAAUAUUUUUUUUCUUGCAUCCCCCCUCUAAAAACUAGGUGUGCCUUAUGGUCAGGUGCGUCUUAUGGAGCGAAAAAUAUGGUGGGUUCGAGAACCGAGCUACCACUGUAGAGGAUGUUUUUGAGUGAUGUGGAAGGGCAGCUCUGGAGCGGGGAGGCCAAGGGGGUGCAGGCCUGGGCCCAGUGGCACCCAGCCACACACGCCCGAUUCUCUGACUUCGGCCCUCCUUUUCCAGGAGAAGCAGUUCUUCCACAAAGUCAACACCCGGUUGUCGCGGCCCAACAUUUUCAUCCUGAACAACCGCUGGGAUGCCUCUGCCUCCGAACCGGAGUACAUGGAAGAGGUGAGGUUUUUCGGCGGAAGCCGCGAAGGGCGGUGUGUUUGGGAAGGGAAGGGGUUCCGGCGUUCCUCACGCGAGCCCCGUUUCCCCCUUCCAGGUCCGGCGCCAACAUAUGGAACGCUGCACCAGCUUCCUGGUGGACGAGCUGGGCGUGGUGGAUCGGGCCCAGGCCGGCGACCGCAUCUUCUUCGUCUCCGCCAAAGAGGUGCUGAGCGCCCGAAUCCAGAAGGCGCAGGGGAUGCCAGAAGGAGGUAACUGGGUGGGACCCCACUUCCCAGAGUGGGAAGUCUCCACUGGCCUAGUCGCCAUCUCUCGGCCUAGUCUACCUCCCAGGGUUGUUGUGUAGCUAGAUUGGGGAAUGGGCCUAAGAACAGGCUUUUUCUGUAGUGGCUCCCUAUUUGUGGAAUGCUCUCCCCAGGGAGGUUCACCUAGUGCCUUCAUUAUAUAUUUUUAUAGGCGCCAGGCAAAAAAUUUCCUCUUCAACCAGGCCUUUGGCCAAUUAAUAUUCUGCAGCCUUUUAAAUGUGUCAGCGGAAGGGGAGGUGUUUUUCUUUUCUUUUUUGGUUUGAUUAUUUACUUGCGUUUUAUCUUGUAUUUUUUUCUGUGAACCUCCCUGAGAUUUUUUGACGAAGGGCCAUAUAUCAAUCUAAAAUACGUUGGUACCUUGGUUUUCGAACGCCUCGGAAGCCAAAUGUUUCCAAAAACCUGGAAGUAAAUGCUUCUGUUUUCAAACACGCCUCGGUUUUCGAACGUUUCGGAAGUUGAAUGGCCUUCUGGAACAGAUUACGUUCGAAAACUGAGGUACUACUGUGCAUGCAUACAUACAUACAUACAUACAUACCACAUUGGGCUUCUUGGAGGAAAGGCGGGAUAGGAAUAAAAUACUGUAACUCCUUCUAAUAACAAACUCAGGCGCUGAGUGCCAACAAGAUUUCAGCCCCAACGGGUCAUCUUUUCAUUUUAUUUAUUCCUGAAAACAUUUGCAUACUGCUGUAUCAUAAAUAUCUUAAGAGGUUUGCAGCAAUAAAAACAAAAAAACCAUUGAAAAGUUAAAAGCAGACAUCAAUUAAUCAUUGUAGGAGGCUGCAUCCUUAAUUGCCUGCAUAGGCCUGGCGGAAUAGGAAGGUUUUCGGCAGGCAUUUAAAAGUCGGCACAGAAGGCACCCACUGAAUCUCCAGUGGCAGAGAGUUCCGCUGGACUAGGCUGACGACACUAAAGACCCGAUUUCUCGUUGUCGUCAGAUGAACUUCACCAGCUUGGGGAAAGUUGGUGAGGACGUUUUGAGGUUCUUGGGGAAGACAGGUGCCACCAAAAAGACCCUUUUUUCGUUGAGAGGCCACCUUUACGUGUGAGACGGGAUCAGAAGCAGGGACUCCCUUGCUGAUUUUAAUUUGGGGGAGGGGAUAGGAAUAUCCUGACCAUUUCAAGUGGAUUUUGAUGCUUUUUCCCUCCUAGGCGGGGCGCUGGCAGAAGGGUUCCAAGUGAGGAUGUUUGAGUUCCAGAACUUUGAGAGGAGAUUUGAGGCAAGUCUUGAUUUUGUCUGCUGCGCUCAUCCUGUAUAACAGCACCCCAAGGGCAGCUCAUCUGUGCUCUGCAAGUGAAAGAACUUCCAGUUUUGCUGCUCAGCUUCUCCAUUUAUAGUAAGACCUGAGCGCAGAUGAUGGGAGCAGUUUCUCUGAGGCUCCUGCUGCCUGCCAGAGCCAGUAAUACUGGGGUAGAUGGGCCAAAAGCCUUAAGCCCAUGGACAGUGUGGAUUAAUAACCUCCAUUUCUCAAAACUCUGUGCAAUGGAUUUUAAUUGUCCCUUACUUGCCUGAGCAAAUUACUCCCCCUUUUUAUAGUUUCCCCUCAAAUCGCUCUAUGCCAGCCUCCCUGCAACCUGGGGCCCUCUGGAUUUUUUGGGACUACAACUCCCAUCAUCCACAGCCAGCACUGGCUGCGGAUGAUGGGAGUUGUAGUCCAAAACAUCUGGAAGGCCCCUGGUUGAGGAAAGGCUGUUUUCUUCCUAUUCUUCCCUCUUCCCUUGAGCUAAGAAAUAAUGGAAACUUCCCCACUCCCAGAAAUUUGACACCAGGAUAGUUAUUGCAUUGGCGCUGUGGGACGCGGGUGGCGCUGUGGGUUAAACCACAGAGCCUAGGACUUGCCAAUCAGAAGGUCGGCGGUUCGAAUCCCCACGAUGGGGUGAGCUCCCGUUGCUGGGUCCCUACUCCUGCCAACCUAGCAGUUCGAAAGCACCUCAAAGUGCAAGUAGAUAAAUAGGUACCGCUCCAGCGGGAAGGUAAAUGGCGUUUCCGUGCGCUGCUCUGGUUCGCCAGAAGCGGCUUAGUCAUGCUGGCCACAUGACCCAGAAGCUGUACGCCGGCUCCCUCGGCCAAUAAAGCAAGAUGAGUGCUACAACCCCAGAGUCGGUCACGACUGGACCUAAUGGUCAGGGGUCCCUUUACCUUUUGUCUGAGUAAAUAACCCACAAUCUUUGUUUUGUGAAUAGUGCAAAUUUUUUUUGAACUAGGUUAUAGAGAAAUCCCAAGAAACCCAAUUUUCGUUUAAAAUAAAAUCAAGUUUGAUGAGACGUGGUUUCCUUUCCUUUCUUAUAUUAAUAAGCAGAGUGGUCGAUUUCCCCCUACCUGUCACUCAGACGUGCCUCUGGGGAGGCAGUGUUUGACAGUAAUAUCACAAGUUUGGGAAGGGAAGGCCCUGUGAGAGAUUGGUGUGCAGACCAUUGGAAAUGACGAUGUACUGCUGGACAAAUAUUCACUGUUUACAUUGUUGUAUUGGGGGAGGGGGGAUUGAGGAGAAAAUCAAGUCGCUAGUCCUCAAGUUGGCAAAGUUUAGGACUGAAAGUGGAUCAACAAGUGCCAGGGUUACAUAACCCCCUUGAGAUUGCCAGAAGCAGGUAACCUGCUGUAUGUAAAACCUGCUUGAUUUUUAAUCUGUAAAAUGCAGGUUGCUGAGCUGAACUUCCUGUUCCCUUUGCUCAUGCAGGAAUGCAUCUCUCAGUCGGCGGUGAAGACCAAGUUUGAGCAGCACACAGUCAGAGCCAAGCAGAUCGCGGAAGAGGUCCGCCACAUCAUGGACUCGGUGCAUGUGGCUGCCCAGGAACAGAGGUGAGCAGCUGCAGAACAGCAGGAGAUGGUCAGACGCGUUGCUUUCUUCUGAAAGUAGACGAGAAACGUAGUCACCUUGGCUGGCUGUAGGCAUUGAUAGCCUCCUCCAUGAAUUUGCCUGAUUCUCUGGUCCAAAGAAGUUUGAUACAGAGGUGAUUCAAAGUGAGCCAGGCAGGCUUUUAAUCUCUUUUAGAGAACAUACAAAGUCACAGGUUAAGGGAGGUUGUACGCAGUAACAACUCUUUGGCUCAGACUUCCAGCCCAGGAUGCAGAAUGCUUCUAAAGUAAAGUAAAGUAAAGUAAAGUAAAGUAAAGUAAAGUAAAGUAAAGUAAAGUAAAGUAAAGUAAAGUAAAAAGUGGUACCUCAGGUUAAGUACUUAAUUCGUUCUGGAGGUCCAUUCUUAACCUGAAACUGUUCUUAACCUGAAGCACCACUUUAGCUAAUGGGGCCUCCUGCUGCCGCCACGCCACCAGAGCACGAUUUCUGUUCUCAUCCUGAAGCAAAGUUGUUAACCUGAAGCACUAUUUCUGGGUUAGCGGAGUCUGUAACCUGAAGCGUAUGUAACCCGAGGUACCACUGUAAAAUAAAGUAAUGUAACGUAACGUAACGUAACGUAACGUAACGUAAUGUAACGUAACAUAAUAUAAUAAUAUGCUUGCACCCACGCACUUAAGUGAAAUGAAAUGGUUUGUCCCAAUGGAAAACAUUUCCGCUGAAGGGUUGAUCAGAGUGGGGAGGUCUGCUGCUCCUAAGGGGCUGAUUAGGGUGGGGAGUCCUGCCACUGUUAAGGACCUGAUUGGGGGAGGCUUGCCACCACUAGGGGGCUGAUCAGGGGCAGGGGAGCUGCUGAUGUAAAACGGCUGAUCAGGAGGAGACUUGCAAUCUCUUUUGCUCUAUGUCCUUGUGCAUACAGAACUGCGAAAAACCCACUGGCCUGGUUGCCUAGCUCUGCUCAGUAUUAGGUGCUCGUAUUUCCUCUACCUUGUCUGCGCUAGCCAGCCCUCCUUCUCCUUCCUGCUAGGAAAGGAAGUCUCCCGGAAACCGCCAGCCGAUCUCCCUACUUUCCCUUUAAUACAAGAAAAUGCAUUAUUUGUUUCUCUUCUUUCCCACCACCCAACACACGCCUUGUUCCAUCUCCCAGGAUUUACUGCCUGGAGAUGCGAGAGGACCGCCAGGAGCGCCUGGGCUUCAUCGACAAGCAGCUGGAUCUGCUCACUCAAAACUACAAGCUGAAGAUCAAGCAGAUCACAGAAGAGGUGGAGCGGCAGGUGAGAGCAUCGCUGCUGUCUGGGCUGGGCUUCGAGCAAAGGCCCAGGGUGCCGCUCAGCAGAGCCAGGGGCCAGGGCCUUUUCGGUUGUGGCACCCUGCCUCUUCGGAAUCCCCUCUGCUCUGAAUUAUGGCAAACAGGGCUGUGCUCCCAGGGAGUUACAGUUCAAAAUCUCCAGAGGCUGCUCUGAUCAUGUUCCACAUACGCUUCUUUGUAGAUGUAAUUUUUUGAGAAUGAAGGUUAUAGACCUGCAUAGGCAGAACAUAAAAUCCUAGAGCUUCAAGGGAUGCAUAGGGUCAUCUAGUCCAAUGCCCUGUGAUGCAGGAAAACUUGGCAAAAUCCUCCUCUUAUUGGAGUGGUCCAGGUCAGGAUCCAUGCAAAGCAAUCCAGUUUCCCAGGUUUCAACAUCCUGUGGCCGCUAAGAAUGUUGAGUCUUCAUUGGGCAUUUGGAAGACUAUUGGUAAAACCUAUUUGGUGUUUCGCAACUUUCUGACUAGUUGCAGGACCUUAGCCAGACCUAGCAGAGUAAACGCAGAAUCCAUGGAAGCAAUUGGCAACUUGGCUGCAGACAGGAUAGACAAAGCAGGAACCAGGAACUUGUAGUUAGGUGUUUAUUAUAUACAGUGGACUAUUUACAGAACAGAACACGGAUCUUUUGCUAGCUCUCUCUGACACGACUCACAACUCCUACACUGACACACAGAACACUGAACCACUGAACUUCUGAACUAACACAUUCCAGUUAAUAGACCAUUAAUUAUCACUCCCUUGAGAGAGCUUGACCAAUCAGGGAGCUGUCUCCAUGCCUUCGUUAUCACCAGGCAGACUUACUCCUUCACAUUGCCUUCUGGCUGGCUGCCAAACCUUAAUUGACUCUGUGUGAGUAGCUGCACAUACACAGUUUCCCAACAAAUACUUUGGGGGUUUACCCAGCAGGGCUGAUUCCUCUCUCCUGUUUUCCAAGUGGCCCUGAUUUUGACUCCCAUUUUCUGUUGCCCAACUCCCCAACCUUCGUUUGUUAUUAGAGUGAUUCCUUCGUGCAAAACCACACUUCCUUCGAUUUCCACGAAUUCUGCUUUUCCUUCAGCGGAGGGCAGAGGUUUGGUACGCGCACACACACACACACACACACACACUCAUGUGCUUCGGGCACAGAGGGAGGCCCUGAUCCUCUGCGCUUUGCCUUAGUCACCUGCCAUAACGCAAUUGUACCUUCCAGGUCUCCAACGCGAUGGCGGAAGAGAUCAGACGCCUCUCCGUGUUGGUGGACGACUUCCAGCUAGAUUUUCACCCGUCUCCCGUAGUCAUUAAAGUUUAUAAGAAUGUGAGUUGCAGCAAUUAUUAUCUGUUGUUGUUUUUACCUGUUGCUUAUAAGCUUAUAAGCGCACAAGGAGUAGCUCAGAAGUUUGUUGUUACGGGGAUGGCUUGUAGCUCAGUGGUAGAUUCCCCCCCAAAGAAUCCUGGGAACUGUAGUUUGGGAGUUGUAGCUCUGCUAGGGGGUGGACUACAGUUCCCAGGACUAGACCUGGGAGACCAGGGUUCAUUUCCCCAAUCGGCCAUGAAUCUCCCUGGGAGACCUACCUCACAGGGUCGUCGUGAGGAAGAGCGAUGUGCUCCAACGUGAGCUACUCAGAGGGAAAAGGCGGGAUAUCGAUGCAAAAAAAUAAACCGGGGGGGUGUACUUGCAGUGCCAUGCAAAAAGCAGCCUUGAUCUCUACCUCUCUUCCCCUCCCCCCCCCCCCAGGAACUCCACCGGCACAUUGAGGAGGGUCUUGGCCGGAAUAUGUCUGACCGCUGCUCCAGCUCCAUCACGACGUCCCUUCAGACAAUGCAGCAGGAGAUGAUCGGUUAGUGAAAAGGGAGCAGGUCUCCUGUGCUGCUUGGGAAUUAAGUACCUGUAUCUGAGCCAAAUGUUUGGAGAUCUAGGCUGCUUCAGAGACACUCCCUUUUCUGUUUUCUCACUUGUGGCACUGUGGGUUAAACCACAGAGCCUAAGACUUGCCAAUCAGAAGGUCGGCGGUUCGAAUCCCCGCGAUGGGGUGAGCUCCCGUUGCUCGGUCCCUGCUCCUGCCAGCCUAGCAUUUCGGAAGCACCUCAAAGUGCAAGUAGAUAAAUAGGUACCACUCCAGCGGGAAGGUAAACGGUGUUUCCGUGCACUGCUCUGGUUCGCCAGAAGCGGCUUAGUCAUGCUGGCCACAUGACCCGGGAGAUGUAUGCCGGCUCCCUCGGCCAAUAAAGCAAGAUGAGCGCCACAACCCUAGAGUCGGCCACGACUGGACCUAAUGGUCAGGGGUCCCUUUACCUGAGCCAGAUGUUUGGAGAUCUUGACUGCUUCAGAGACACUCCCUUUUCUGUUUUCUCGCUUGUAAAGCAGAGUUAGGGAACCUGCAACUGGACCACAGCUUUGGUCACCCCAGGCCAUUGGCUGUAAGUGGCUGGGGCUGAUGGGAGUUGGAGUCCAGCAAUAUCCAGAGGGUGCCUUCACUUGCCUGGACCAUCACUUGCCUUUACUGCCCCAGCGUCGUUUUUAAUGCAGGGCCACGGUCCAAGGGCUAUGCCGGUUGAAAUCCAGCAACAUCUGGAGGACCGCAGGUUCCCCAUCCCUGAACUAGGCCGUCACUUGCUCUCACUGCCCCUAGCUGCCUUCAGUGCAGAGACAGGGACCAUCAGUCAGGUUGGCAGGGGCUGGCAGAAACCAGCCUAGCAACAGGGUUCCUAUCCCCAGUGCAUCUGAUACGUUGGUCCAUGAAUUGGGGCUUGUUCUAAUAGCAGGUUCUGUUGUCUCUUUGCUCCCCCGUGAAGACGGCUUAAAGCCCCUCCUGCCAGCCUCUCUGAGAAGCCAGAUAGACAAGCUCAUUCCCCGGCAGUGCUUCGCGAUGAGCUACGACCUCAACUGCGACAAGCUCUGCGCCGACUUCCAGGAGGAUAUCCAGUUCCACUUCUCUCUCGGCUGGACGAUGCUCGUGAACAGGUUCCUGGGACCCAAGAACACCCGCCGGGCCUUGAUGGGCUACAAUGACCAGGUGAGAAGAGCCUUUUGGCUACCCUCCAGCACCCUGCUUCACCCAGUAGGUGCUCCUGAAAAGCCCCCCUCCCCAAGCAGCUUCCUCUCCUCUUCUUGGGUCGUGGCAGAGAAAUAGAACAUCUGCCUUGUACGCGGAAGGUCUUGGGUUCGAUACCCAGGUAGAGCCAGAAAGUUGGUAUUAUCAGGGGGCUCCCAAUGUGGCUCAGUAAUAAUAAUUUUAUUAUUUAUAUACCCGGACACUGAGGUCCAGCGCCGAGGGCCUUCUGGCAGUUCCCUCACUGCGAGAAGCCAAGUUACAGGGAACCAGGCAGAGGGCCUUCUUGGUAGUGGUACCCGCCCUGUGGAACGCCCUUCCACGAGAUGUCAAAGAGAACAACAACUACCAGACUUUUAGAAGACAUCUGAAGGCAGCCCUGUUUAGGGAAGCUUUUAAUGUUUAAUAGACUAUUGUAUUUUAAUACUCUGUUGGAAGCUACCCUGAGUGGCUGGGGAAACCCAGCCAGAUGAGCAGAGUAUAAAUAAAUAAUAAUAAUAAUAAUUUAUACCCUGCCCAUCUGGCUGGGUUUCCCCAGCCACUCUGGGCGGCUUCCAGCACAUCUAAAAACAUAAGAAAAUGUCAAAACAUUAAAAAACCUCCCGAAACAGAUGUCUUCUAAAAGUUGUAUAGUUCUUUCCUUGACAUCUGAUGGGAGAGUGUUCCACAAGGAGGGCACCACUGCCCAAAAAGGCUCUCUGCCUGGUUCCCUGCAGCUUUACUUCUUGCAGUGAGAAAACCUGCCUGAAGACCCUCGGAGCUGGAUCUGAGUGUGUCCAGACUGAACAAUGGGACUCCUUCAGGUUUCACCAUCUAAAAGGCUUGUGACAUGAAAGGAAAGGGGAACUUGGAGGGAGGAGGAAAAAAGAAAUCACAGACAGUCUUUCUUCCAUUGAGGGUAGCCAAGUGGUGUCCUCAAGACUGUGUUAGACUUGAGUUCCCAUCAUUUCCAGCCAACGUGGCCAAUGGCCAGGGAUGAUGGGUACCACAAGGGUGGCUACCACCAAGUUAAGUGGACCAAUGGCGUGACUCAUUGCAAGGGCAGGUUCCUAUGCUCAGAGGCACCCAGUGCCUCCCAGUUACAGUGCCUCAUUGUGUGCCCCAAUGAGAAGGAACCAGCACACAGGGGAACGUGCAGAUUCUGCCACUUUCAUUCUAAAGAACCCAAAAUUAUGGUGAUGAUUAUUUAUCAGAUGUAUAUUAUAGGGUUACCAGACGUCCCCGUUUCCCAGGGACAGUCCCCGGAUUUGCGAAUAGGUCCCCGGACAAAUUCCAUCCCGGAUUUCAUCUAAUGUCCCCAGGAAACGCAGCAGCGGCAGUCUCAGCAGCCCGGAGCAGUUGGCUCUGGCUGGCUUCAGGAGCUGCCCGGAAGUCCCCAUAUGAUGAUGGUGCAGGGGCUCUAAGAUGCAGCUUCCGGGCUGCCUCCACCUUCGCUGACCCCAGCAACUAAGCUGUGAAGGGAGGCUUCAUGCUGCCUAUCGGAGCAGCCUUCCAACUCCUACUUGCGUGCAAGCAGGAGCAGGGCAGGGAUCUCUCAGUUAGGCAACAGGAAGCCUCCCUUCCCAGCUGAGGGAUCCCCGUCCCCUCCUGCUUGCACGCAAGUAGGAAUGGGAUUGGGGCUGCUCCGAUGGGAAGGGAGGCAUCGCGCUGCCCGAGCCUCGCCGCCACUGCCCUCUCGGCCCUCCUUCUCCGCCCUCCACGCCUGACCCACCGCACACCGCUUCCCCACCACCACCACUGAAGAACCAACAGCUCAGGGGCUGCCCAGGCUCAUGGAGAAAGGAGAUAGAAGCUUUGGAGGAAGGGGAAACAUGGCGGUUGAGGUCAAGGUGGCGGCCUCCUCUCCGCAACUGACAUCACUGCAGCAUCAACGUCCCGAACGUAGUAUUUAUUUAUUGGUAACCUUAGUAUAUUAUCGCCCUUCAUUAAAAGAUCUCAGGGUGGCUUACAAGACAAAAACGCAAGACAGAGGCACAGAUAAAUAGUUAAAAACAGAAAUGAAGUGCAUUUGCAUUCCACAUACACCCUUCUCUCACACAAUUCCUGCUUCUGCUGCCAUUGGGGAGAGACAGUGAUAUGCAAAGUUCUGUGAAAGGGCCCUUUUACUGUGCCUUGGCCUCAAUAACCCAGCCUGUAAAAUGGGGGAAAAAUAGCCCAGCUUAUCCAAACAAAUGAAGGAACUAAGCAUUUUGCAUUGUACUGGAAGUGCUUACAAGUCAAACCGUUCUCUGAUUUUUUUCUUUCUUCUCUCUGCACCUUCCUCUUCCCUGCCCCUUUUUCAAACUUAGGUUCAGCGUCCUCUGCCUUUGACUCCAGCCAACCCAAGCCUGCCUCCCUUACCUCAAGGAUCCUUGACUCAGGAAGAGCUGAUGGUCUCGAUGGUCACUGGGCUGGCCUCUCUCACAUCCAGAACCUCUAUGGGCAUCCUCGUGGUUGGAGGAGUGGUACGUUUGGAGGAGAACCCCGAUAUCUGAGGGUGCUUUGAUUCCCUCGCCCUGCCCUCCUGUAGCUCAGUGACAGAGCAUCAGCCCUGCAUGCAGAAAGUGCAGUCUUUGGUAUCUCCAGAUAGGACUGGCACAGACACCUGUCCGUAACCCUGGAGAACUGCUACCAGCCAGUGUAGACAAUACUGAGUUGGAUGAUUCCCCCCCCCCCACACACACACUAUUGAUGCUUCCAAAGACCUCUCCCUUGCAAUGUAGCUGUAAUUCAAGUGUUCCUCGUAUAUAAGAGAACAGGAAGCCAGUGUGGUGUAGCGGUUAAGAGUGGUAGUCUUGUAAUCUGGUGAACCGGGUUCGCUUCCCCGCUCCUCCACAUGCAGCUGCUGCGUGACCUUGGGCCAGUCACACUUCUUUGAAGUCUCUCAGCCCCACUCACCUCACAGAGUGUUUGUUGUGGGGGAGGAAGGGAAAGGAGAAUGUUAGCCGCUUUGAGACUCCUUUGGGUAGUGAUAAAGAGGGAUAUCAAAUCCAAACUCUUCUUCUUCUUCUUCACAUUUAUAAGUCCACCUUUUUACUCUGAGGAGUACCGUAUUUUUCGCUCUAUUAGACGCACCGGACGAUUGGAUGCACCUAGUUUUUAGGGGAGGAAAACAAGAAAUAAGAAAGGAACGCAAAGCAUUCUGAGCUAAGAGGGAGCGCUCCUCCAUCUUCACUCAGAAGGCUUUGCGGGGUACCCCUGAAGCCAGGAGAGCAAGCAGGAUCGGUGCGCACCGAUCCCUCUUGCCCUCCUGGCUUCAGCGAAAGCAAGCCUACUGGCUUUCCUCCCGCAAGAGCCGCACACUCUUUAAAGGCAUAUCGCGGCUCUUUGGGGCUUUUCUGGGAGGUGGGGAAAGGUGAAGUGAUGGACAUGAGGCAGAAGUUGAUAAUGCAGGUGAGCUGCGCACAGGUGGGCUGCAUGCAAGCUGCUCGCCAGCCCUGUGGAGCCUCCUUUUAUUGACACCAAUAUGCAAAUCAGGCAGAUACAUUUUGGGCUGUGACCUUUACACAUCUUUCGGUCCUAAGAUAGUGGGGUGGUACAAAGUUAUUUUGGCACCUGUUUCCACUGCGUCAUUUUCCCCUUGCACAGUGUACGACGAAGGAGACAAAAGGUCUCAGAGACAAAGGUUACAGGCAGGACACCGCAGACUACUGAGACCGCAAACAGUUAGACAGAGGCAACGAUGUUCAGACAGCCGUGGCUUUGUCUGUGAGGGGGCGUGCCCUGCACCCCAAGGUCACGCGUGCAGGCAGACUGUGGCUGCCUGCAGGUGGGGAGUGUGCUCCCUCCGGACCCCACUCCGCGAUCAUCCCUACAGAAGGGACAGAGCCGCGCACUCUGUCCCUUCCCCCACCUCCCGCAAAAGCCAGGGAUAGCUGCACGAAGGCUCCCCGCUCCCCUGCGGAGACUUCAUCCUGUGGCUAAGCCAGAAGCUAGAACAGCCAGCGGGAUCCCACUCGCUGUCCUGGCUUCUUCUUUAGCCGCGCGCAGCCUCUCCCGGGCAAGGGGAGCCUUCACCCCCUGCCCGGGAGAGACUGUGCAUGGCUAAAGCUCCCCCAAGAGCCACGCUCCCUUUAAAGAGCGCAUGGAGUGUGUGUGCGGCUCUUGGGGGCUUUUCCCGAGGAGGGAGAAGGGCAGCCCUUCUCCCUCCUCGGGGAAAAGCCCCCAAGAGCCGCACACACGCUCCACACGGCUCUUUAAAGGGAGCACUGACAGAGCCUCCCGCCUGCAUUCACUACAUAAGAUGCACACACAUUUCCCCUUACUUUUUAGGAGGGGGAAAGUGCGUCUUAUAGAGCGAAAAAUGCGGUAGUUUUACUCUUCGAAGAUCAUAACAUGGCGACGACUUCCAAUAAGUUGGGGCCCAUUUUAUUUUACUCUGUGCUACUUUUGUUCAGUUUUGCCCUCUUAUUUUGCCUCUUUAAUGCUGGCCGUUGACCGUAACAAUAACGAUUUGAUUUGAUUCGUCAGCUGUUGGGUGUGUUUUUUUAAAAAAAAGAAAAAAUGACCAUCACGUUUCCUCCUGCCCGCAGGUCUGGAAGGCUGUGGGCUGGAGGCUGAUUGCUCUUUCUUUUGGCCUCUACGGACUGCUGUACGUCUACGAGCGUCUCACCUGGACCACAAGAGCGAAGGAGAGAGCUUUCAAGCGACAGUUUGUGGACUACGCCGGCGAGAAACUCCAGCUCAUCGUCAGCUACACGGGUUCGAACUGCAGCCAUCAAGUUCAGCAGUGAGUCUUUCGCUUCGCUCGCAUUCCGGGAGACGGGGGGAAAUUAUCCGCAAUUGUGGCCUUCUGAGCCUUGAUGUGGCUCUCAGGAGCUCCUGUUCUUACAAACACACAAAUGACUCCUUGCAGAGAGAGCUCAGCGUGCUCAGAUUCCUGCCCCACGUGUCGUGGCAUGUUCGCAAACAUUCUAACCAUUGUAUAACCUCUGGAGCAAUUGAACGUAACUUUUAUUUAUUUAUUUUUAGAUACAUUUCCAAAAACUUCACAUGAACGUUCCAAUACAUAAUAUAGUGGUACCUUGGUUCUCAAACUCAAUCCGUUCCGGAAGUCCGUUCCAAAACCAAAGCGUUCCAAAACCAAGGUGCACUAGAAAGUAAUGCAAAAUGGAUUAAUCCUUUUAAAAACAACCCCUAAAACAGCGAUUUAACAUGAAUUUUACUAUCUAACAAGACCAUGGAUCCAUAAAAUGAAAGCAACAAUCAAUGUACUGCAGUCACACAGUCACGGGAAAGAUCGACCAGUAGCUGUACUGGGUUCCACGAAGUCACACACACACAAAAAAGAGCCACAAAAACACAAAAUAAAUAGCAAAAACAGGCAGACCUCAGCAGUACUUUUUGAGAAUACUAAGGAAAAACCAUCUUCCGCAGAAACUGCUGCUUGCCUUCUAUCACUGUGCCAUUGAGAGCGUGCUCACUUAUGGCUUAUGUGUGUGGUACGGAAGCUGUACUACCCAGGACAGGAUGGGGUUGUGCAGGGUUGUUAAGGCAGCAGAGAGCAUUGUUGGCUGCCCACUCUCCACCUUAGAGCAGAUUUAUGCCACAAGGUGCCAUAGGAAGGCACUGGACAUAGUAAAAGAUCCAUCGCAUCCUGGUCACUGUCUCUUCGAGCUCUUGCCGUCGGGACGGAGAUACAGGACGAUGAAGACAAGAACGAGCCGUCUUAAGAACAGCUUCUUCUCCAGAGCGAUCUCGGCCCUGAAUGGGAAGCCCGGACUUUGAAAGUCAUCUAAUCUCCCUUGCUGUAUUAUACUGUAUUGAUUGAUUAGUGUUUUUAUGGAGCAGUCAAGUAAUUUCGUUGUCCCCGAAGGGGGCAAUGACAAUAAAGAUAUUAUUAUUGUUAUUAUUAUUGUUAUUAUAACACUAAAAAUGGAAGUGUAACACUCAAAAGGAGCACGUUUGGCUUCUGAAAAAUGUUCACGAACCAGAACACUUGCUUCCAGGUUUGCAGUGUUUGGGUUCCAAGUUGUUUGAGCACCAAGGCGUUUGAGAACCAAGGUAUCACUGUAGAUUUUUCUUUUGUUUUAGCGACUUCCUAUCCCAUUUUCCAGGGUGUUUUUUUUAAUUUCUCCGCCUUGCUGCACCCUACCUUCCCUCUUCUUAUAUCAAAACAGCAAUACAGUAAUCUCUCAUUCCUUUUGUUGCUCGUAGUUCAAAUCCUGCCCGCGAAUUCAUCAUGUUAUAAUAUUUUUUUAUUAUAUGGGCUGAAUAACCCUGUGUAGACAUUCUUACCUCAAGGCCUGCCCUGAGUGUCAUGGCAUGUUCACAAACAUUCUAAGCGUCGUAUAAACACUACAGCAAUUUAACGUAGCUUUUAAAUUAGGGCUGAAUGGUUUGACCCACGUAAAACGCUGCUGCCUUAUUGGACCAAAGAAUCCUGUAGCCUUUCUGACUUCAGUUCCUGCCCUGGGUGUCAUGGAAUGUUCACAAAAAUUCUGGCUGGUUUGUAGCCAUUAUAGGAAUUUUAGCUCAUCAUGCAGAAGUUCCUGAGUUCAGUUCCCAGCAUCGCCAGGUAGGUCUGGAAAAAAACUCCUGUCUGCAGCCCUGGAGAGCCUCUGCUAAUCAGCGCAGGAAACCCUGAGCUAAAUGGACCAAUGAUCUACACUUGGUACAAAGCCAAGCAGCUUGCUGUGUUCGUUCUCUACCUUGCCAUUUUAUUCCUUUCCCUCUGAUUGACUUCUUCCUCUUCUCCAUUUCCCCCCUCUUUUUUUGGAAAAGGGAGCUUGCCGGGACCUUCGCCCAGCUCUGCCAGCAGGUCGACGUGACGAGAGAAGAUCUCGAGAAGGAGAUCACGGCCCUGAAUCAAAAGAUUGAGAUCUUGGACUCCCUUCAGAGCAAAGCCAAGCUGCUCAGGUAUGGAAUAUGGGAAGCAGGGCUGUCUCCCAGUUUCCACCUUCCCCGGCUGCUCUGAUAAAAGUGAAAUACAAUGAGCCGCUUCCAGGGUGGCGAGUGCAGAACUCGGGAGGGUGGGAUGCUCAGAAGGGCUUCGUUUGCGGAAGCUGCGUGAUGCUGGUACCAUGGGAACUUAAGAGGAACCCCUGCUGGCCAAAGGCCCAUCUAGUCCAGCAUCUCCCAGGGGCCAAAUCUCCCAAAGAACCCAGGAAACUACCAUAUUUUUCGCUCUAUAACACGCACCUGACCAUAACACGCACGUAGUUUUUAGAGGAGGAAAACAAGAAAAAAAAUAUUCUAAACGAAACAGUGGAUGUAUGAUUUUUGUGGUUCAUGCUGUGGCCACAGACAUGUGAUCUGACUGUGAGUUUGGGGUAGCCCAAUGCAAAUAUCCUGAGGAUCCAUGUGGAUCCAUGAUUUGUAACCACGUUUUUGCGCCAUUGCGGCCCCAUGAAACAGUGGGUGCAUGUGUGUUUUUUGGUGCAGGCUGUAGCCAUGGACAUGCUAUGUGAUCUGAUGGUGAAUUUGGGGUGACCCAGUGCAAAAAUCCUGAGGAUCCAUGCUUUGUAACCGAACACUCGUGUAAGCAGCUGCUCUCCCCUCCCGCUUUGCUCCUUUAAAGCAAGCAGGCUCUGCUUCUCUCCCUCCUCCCCGGCUCAGGGAGCUGAAAAGCUUUGCUGCUAUUUAGCGAGCUGAGUGGGGAGGAGGGAGGGACAGAGAGCCUGCUUGCUUUAAAGCAGCCAACCAGACAGGAGCCGCUUACACCUCUCCCGCUUUGCUAUUUCAAAGCGAGCCACGGAGGAGGGAAGGAAGGGGAACCAUGGAUCCUCUGCUCACGACUGCAGCAGAUCCUCCCGCCAUCCGUAGGCAUUCGCUCCAUAACACACACAGACAUUUCCCCUUACUUUCUAGGAGGAAAAAAGUGUGUGUUAUGGAGUGAAAAAUACAGUAGAUAGACUACCUCUGAAUCUGGAGGUUCCAUAAGGACCUAGGAAAAUCCCUGCUAGAUCAGGCCAGAGGGGGCCCAUCUAGUCCUGUCCUCAUGGUGGCCAACAAGAUGCCACCUUGGGAAGCCCAUAAGCAGGACUUGAGCAAGAGAGGAUGGAUGGAUGGAUGGAUGGAUGGAUGGAUGGAUUGUGUUCCCUGCCCUUCACCAGCAAGUCCCAGGGCAGGCUAUGAUGAUUUCAAAGUCAGAAUUAAAAACAAUUAAAGCACUCCCCAUCUCCCUCCCUGUCUCCCCUCUCUUUUCCCCUAACUGCACAAUGUCUCCGACAAUUGUGUCUCAUAACGAAUGUAAACGAGCUGUGAAAAAGACUCUACGAAUUGAUGGUGGAGACGCUAUAUGGACUUUUCCUUGUUAGUUUGUUUUGUAACACAAGAAAAUGGGAUGUGGUUGGCACUGUGGGUUAAACCACAGAGCCUAGGACUUGCCGAUCAGGUCGGCGGUUCGAAUCCCUGCAAUGGGGUGAACUCCCGUUGCUCGGUCCCAGCUCCUGCCAACCUAGCAGUUCGAAAGCACGUCAAAAUGCAAGAAGAUAAAUAGGUACCGCUCAGCGUUUCCGUGCGCUGCUCUGGUUCGCCAGAAGCGGCUUAGUCGUGCUGGUCACAUGACCCAGAAGCUGUACGCUGGCUCCCUCGGCCAAUAAAGCAAGAUGAGCGCCACAUCCACAGAGUCGGUCACAAAUGGACCUAAUGGUCAGGGGUCCCUUUAAAGCACUCCCCAUCUCCCUCCCUCUCUCCCCUCUCUUUUCCCCUAACUGCACAAUGUCUACAACAAUAAUGUCUCAUAAUGAAUGUAAACAAGCUGUGAAAAAGACACUACGAAUUGAUGGUGGAGAUGCUACAUGUACUUUUCCUUUCUUGUUUGUUUUGUAACACAAAAAAAGCUUGUGUAAAAACUUUAAAAGCAACAACAAAGCAGAAUGCGACCACAAGUAUUGGGGGCAGGCCCAUUAGCAUCUCUGUUGCAACGCCUGCUGAGUCUGGCAGGCUAAAGUUCUCAGAACUGAAACUGUUAGCAGCCGUGUGCUCCCCUUUCUUCGGGGUGGGGUGGUGGAGGUCCAAAAUUUCACACUUGUGCUUUCUAAAGCAAUGUGCGUUCAUAGUUUUACCUACAUCCUGGAUACGACACCCCAUAAUAGACGUAUUUUCUCUCUGCAGGAACAAAGCCGGUUGGUUGGACAGCGAGCUGAACAUGUUCACACACCAGUACUUGCAGCAGAGCAGAUAA